AUGACGACAAACUUGGUGAAGGGGAUUAACGUUGUGUUGUUGAAAAUGCUACAUCUUCCGAUUUCAUCUGUCUUCUCAGCUACAUUCUAUAGGUUGGCUACCUUGAUGCCAAGAAUGAGUCAGCAACAAGUCAACCAGAUAGAGACAGGACACGUAUUUGUCGAACAUGUCAGGAAUGCAAUUGUUGCAAACCAUUGGAUGGCGAGGUCGAUGAACGUAGAAGUAUAUUCACGACGUAAUGAAACGUUUCGCGUUACAGAGACCAUCGAUCGUCGACCCGGUAUUCCACCUAGGUUAUACGGGGUUGAUCUCCGAAAUAGACGAUGCGAUUGUAGGAGGUUCCAAACACUUCAUUAUCCUUGUGCACAUGUUGUAGCAACUUGUGUUAAGGUCUCGCUCAAUGUAGAUCAAUUUAUCAAUGAGGUGUACACACUUGAACGCACGUUACGUGUAUGGGAGAAUGAGUUUCCCGUGCUUCCUGACCUAUCUACUUGGGAGGUUCCUCAAAUGACCUUUGAGCUUAUCCCAGACAAAGGCUUACGUAGGAACCCGAGAGGUCGUCCGCAAUCAUUAAGAAUCCGUAAUGAAAUGGAAUUAGAGAGAAAUCCGACGGGAAGCUGUGUGGAGUAUGCAGAUUAG